AUGUGUAAAGAUUGUUUUUAAAAGUUACAUCAAAAUCACGAAUUUGAAACAUAUGCAAAAAAACUUGACUAAAUUCUAUUUGAAUAGUAAUAAAAGAUUUCCUUAAUAUUAGAAUAACAAGAAUCACUAUAAUUAAAGAUAUAGUAAGGAGUUGAUAAAAACUUUGAGUUGAUUUGGCAAUAGUAAAAUUAUAAAAUGAAGAACUAUGAAUAAACUAGAAGUAAUUUGUUAUUAAUUAAGGAAUAAUCACUUAAAAGUUUAGAAAAACCUUUAAAUCACUAAAUUAUUCAGUACAAUAUUAAUAAAACGCUGCUUAGUAAAACUACUGAAAGAAUUAAAUAGGAAUAUUCAAUCGAAUAUCAGAAUUUCUAUGAAAAGAUGACUUUUGAUUUAAAAAAAGAUGAAAAGGAAAUGAUAUUAUUCACAUUAGACUUAGAUAGAAAAUGUCAUAAUAACAAAGAUAAAUUAUUGCAUUAACUUGAUGAAUCUCAAAAUAAAAUAAAUUAACUUAAUAAUUAAUUGAAAUUUAUUGAUGAAAGAUAUGAAUCUUUUAAUUUAAAAAUUUUGAAUGAAUUAACAUAAUUAUUAUAAAUUCAUUUAAAUAUCAAAUAGUUAAUAGAUAAUCAAAGAGAGUAAUUUAAAGAUCAACUAUUAAAUUAUAGAUUAUUUUAUUAAAAGGAUCUUUAGAAUGGGCUUAAAAAAAUUUAUGAAGAAAUAAUCUAAGAAGAAUAACAAAUUAAAGUAUUAAUUUAAAAAUUUUAAUAAAUUCCUAAUAGUAGUUCAUGUAGUACAAAAGGACAAAAUAUGCCGUAGUCAAAUACAAUACAAAAUGCAGGAGAUUUCAAGAGAUUAACUAGAAACAGUUCAAUUAAGACAAUAAAUAUAAGAAAUUAAAUAUCGACAGCUCAAUAAGAAUCCAUUCAAAUGAACAAUUAAUUACAGAUUUAAAACGAAGUCUUCCAUAAAAAAAUAAAUUCUCAAUUUCAAUAAGAGUAUUUUAAAAUAAAUUAUCAACAAAACGAAUUUCAGGUAGAAAAUAAAAGAGAUUGCAAAAUGAAAAAUUUGGUUUCAAACUAAUAAAUUCAACAGAAUUAAAAUUAUCUUUGGAAAGUUCCAGGAAAUCAUAAUUGUUGA